AUGGCCACCGCAACCACCUCGACUGCUGCAAAUCCACACUCACCACCGCCACCCACCGUCACGGCUCAAGACAGACUGCUCGCUGCCUGUCCAUGUCUCAACGUCAAGCUACAUAUCGCCACCGCUCCAGAGGAACACUCGUCCCUCGCAGGGAAGGAGCUCAAGCUCGGUCUCGCUGGAGUGUCAGUGUCCGAUAUCAACUCUGUCAACAUCGAGUCAACCUCCCUCGUCUUUGUGGCCAGUUCUGUACCCUUCUCGCCUUCCAAUGGCAUCGUAGUGCCAUCAGAGGGGAUUGUCACUGGGAAAGAUAUCGCUGCGCUCCUUACCAGCCCUCAUUACUCAGUAGCCUUCCGACUCGUCCUUGCUCCCUCUACACUCUCACCCACCGAAACACAAACUGCGACUUUUACUCCGGACCAGCCUUUCUCAGCAACAUCAACCGCCCCUCGGACCCAACAAUCGGAAGCACCCUAUAAACCACAUUUGGACAAAGUACGGUCCAUACUGGAUCAGGAGUUGGAAGUCAACCUGAAUGCCCAGCAACAACGCACCGAGGCUAGGAUCGAGGCAUACAAAUCCCAACAGCUGAUGGCGUUAAAGCGGUCAAUAGAAAACACCCGGCGCGACAAGGAGCGUCUUUGGGCCAGGAUCCAAGACCGCGUGGCUGCUCCCCCACCUGCGUUUUCGCUCGCCACGGGUGAUCCUGGCAGUGGUGCUGCGGAUGGCUCACUAGAUGCCAAUGGCGCUCACCCAUUCGACAUUCCCAACACGCUCCCCAUCCGACUGACUAGCGCCUCUCGGGUCGAUGGAGCCCAUAGCUCGUUCUUGGACAGGAGAAAGGCUUCAAUCUCGGAUGCUGCUAUGUCACUUCAAUUCAAAGAAUUUGACCACCGGCUAGCCUCCAAUAGCUUACGCCGACAGAGCUUGGCACCUGUAUCAUCGACAACGGACGCGAUGGCCGAGCUGACAUUGAACAACACGACGGCGAAUGCGGCAACUGAGCGGACGCCACUGAGUACUUCUCAAGCAUCACCUGGAUCAGGCGACUCUGACGAUAUUCCUGGAUCUCCAACAACAAAGUCCAAGAAGAAGGUCACCAUUGCCGAAGACGUCAGGAGCGUGUCGAUUGUGGAGCCAGAGAAAAACGAGUAUUCUGAUUUGGAAGGCGAGGCUGAAGAUGAUGAUGAUGAUGAUGAGGGUGUCGUCUUUGAUCUUGACGAAGAGCUGGGCUUCGACGACGACGACGUAGCUGAUGUACAGUACGGUGAAAUUGACGAUGACCAGGACGAGAGUGAUAAUGAAGAGGAUGGAGCCGGACCGUCGACGAAUGGACAUGGUAUCAAUAUCAAACUCUCGUCCUCGAUUCCGGCAAAGUCAGGAAUGGUCGUUGGCUCUCUCCGUGCCAACUAUCUGAAGCGCCAAAAGGGACUUGAGGUGCACCGGCGGAAUCUGAAUGACUCUUUGGCCGAUUUUGAUUCAGACGAUGACGAGGAUGAUGAUACUCUUUCAGCAGCACCCGCUGCCUUUUUCGGCACAUCCCUUCCUAUCCAGAUUCAGCCACGGGCCUCUAGUCAACUUCCACCCCCGCCUACACGGACAUCUGCCAUUGCCAGUUCCUUGGCCAUGCCACCAGGAUCUUCUCCAGCGGCUGCAAUGCUCCAACGGAGACUCUCAAGGGCCUAUGGAGCUGAGGUCAUUCCUGAGAAUGUUGGAAACAGCAAUGUUCAAGCCCAACGCACCCCCGCUUCUGGACUUGGAGGAUCCUUCAGGGAUGUGUCGUCUAUUUCAGCGUCCGCACAGCCCUUGCUCGGUGCCACUCCAGGAAUGUUGAUCAUCGACCCUCUUAUGCUGUUGGAGGAGGAGCACGACAACGACGAUCGCCAGGACCGGCUCCGGAAACAUCGCCAGCCCUUUUCAGCGAUCAACCAUCGUCGGGAUCAAGAGAAGAGCAAGCAGGAGCAAAAGAUUCAGGAGACCGCUGCCUCGUGGUCCCAAAGAGUCGCCGCACCGUCGCAUGUUUCGGAGGAGGAAGAUUUUGAGCCACCGCAUUUGUACUCCGCCAGGACAUAUGUCGGAUCGACACCCUGGGAGAUGCCGACGCGGAUCACUGUAAAGUCCGGGGGAAUGCGUGAAGGAUCUCAUCUGGACAAGCAAAUUGCGCUCGAGAUGGCCAAGGAGCUGGAGAAGGAGCGUCUGGAAGCAGCCGCCACCGCCGCAGCCGCAGCCGCUGACGAGUCGUUGUUGGUGAGUGCUGCUGUUGUAAGUGGUCUACAUCGUCUGGUUGAGAAGAUUGAUGAGACGGAGGAAGAAGAGGAUGAGGAGGACCAGGUAGAAGAGUCCGCACGGAGACAAACAGCAGGAUUGGCCUCGCUUGCUUCAUCACAACAUCCUUUUGAUACCUAG